CUCUACGCCCAGAACAGCACCAAGCGCAGCAUCAAAGAGCGCCUCCUGAAGCUCUUACCCUGCUCAGCUGCCAAAACGUCGUCUCCUGCUGUGCAAAACAGCGUGGAAGAUGAACUGGAGAUGGCUACUGUCAGGCAUCGGCCUGAGGCACUUGAACUUCUGGAAGCCCAGAGCAAAUUUACCAAGAAAGAGCUCCAGAUUCUUUACAGAGGAUUUAAGAAUGAAUGCCCCAGCGGUGUUGUUAAUGAAGACACCUUCAAAGAGAUUUACUCACAGUUCUUUCCACAGGGAGACUCUACAACAUAUGCACAUUUUCUGUUCAAUGCAUUUGAUACGGACCACAAUGGAGCUGUGAGUUUUGAGGAUUUCAUCAAGGGCCUUUCCAUUUUGCUCCGGGGGACAGUACAAGAAAAACUCAACUGGGCAUUUAAUUUGUAUGACAUAAAUAAAGAUGGCUAUAUCACUAAAGAAGAAAUGCUCGACAUCAUGAAAGCGAUAUACGACAUGAUGGGAAAAUGCACAUACCCUGUCCUCAAAGAAGACGCUCCCAGACAACACGUGGAAACGUUUUUCCAGAAAAUGGACAAAAAUAAAGACGGAGUCGUUACUAUAGAUGAGUUCAUCGAAAGUUGCCAAAAAGAUGAAAACAUAAUGCGCUCCAUGCAGCUCUUUGAAAAUGUGAUUUAACUUGUCGAAUGCGUCCUCAAUCAGACAAAUGUGAACUAUUCUACCACACUUAAAGUUGGAGCUACCACUUUUAGCAUAGAUUGCUCAGCUUUACACUGAGGCAUAUUAUGCAAACAAGCUUUGUUUUAAUAAGAAGCAAUCCCCCACAGAUUUGCGUUUUCUGGUUAUAAAUCUGCAUCCUAUUCAUAAUGCCACAGAGUUCAUGGGACGGUCCAAGACAUUUCACACCCUGUGAACAUUCAAACCUAACAGAAUCUGGCGUAUAGUUUUAUUGAUUCUUUAGCCAUGGGAUUAUUGACGCUUUCACAUUAUCAGUAAUUUUAAAAUGUUUCUUUUGUUACUCAUUUGUAUGUAUUCAGUCCCAGGGUUUUAAAUGAUUUUCUAAAAUACUGGCAUCUGCAUUUAAUUUCUGGAAAUUAAUUUUCAUGUUUGUAUGCUCUAAUUCCAUUUAUAUACUUUAAGUAAACAUGAUUACCACAAUUUAAGAAAACAUAGUCGCAGUUUCUAUGGAUUUGCUGCCUUCUGUUCAAGACAUUUAUUUAUCUGGCAUUUUUUUAUAAAUAAUAUGAAACAAAUUAGUUUAUCACCAGCUGUCAGCAUAUGCCUAAUAAAGCUUAUUUAAUAAGCAUUUAAUUUUUCAUAAAUACAUGUUACAGCCAAGGCCUACAUGAUGUAUGUAAUUUUGGAUUUGUUCAAUCCUAUAGGUUGACUGUUUACUAUUGUGUCAUUAAGUGGAAGUCCAAGAAGGUGUGACACGAAGUGAGGGUGUGUACAGGCAUACGCAAACGGUCAGGGACCUGACAAAAGGUAGCUUUUACCAGCAUGGAAGGCCUAGUCCAUUCUUGCCCCAACUCCCUCACUGCACCUUUAUCUACCUGCCAUUCAGGCACAGGAAGCCUUGACAACCCCAAUGCCCGCUGGGAACCAACAGCAAGCAGGACUCGCUCUGAAAGCAACCGUGAUUCCAUUAUCUUCAGAACUCUUAACACCAAAACCUUGUAGAACAUGAACAUAAAUGCUGAGCAACUCAUCUGGAUUGUAUUAUGAUUUAGCUUAUCCUAAAACUCCAAUAAUUCAGAUUCUUUUUAAUGCUUUUAAGCCAAAAUUGUAAAUUUGCCACCACAUUACUGAAGGUACACACACCGUCCUUGUUUUGCAGAAAUAUCACAAGACUAAGAGGCUACAUGCAGUAGGAAGAAACCUGCAACUGUCUUUGCAACAAUAAAUCAGGUAUCUAUUCUGGUGUAGAGAUAGGAUGUUGAAAGCUGCCCUGCUAUCACCAGUGUAGACAUUAAGAGUAGUACAAUACAUGUACACUGAGAUUCGCCAUCGCGUGUCUGUGUAAACUCAACGUGCACAUUUUGUAUUUCAAAAAGAAAAAAAGAAAAGCAAAUAAAAUGUUUAUAACUCUA